CUAUAAUUUGUUAUAUUUCAAGGGACUGAAGCAAUUUUUGGAUGGAGCUGAUAAUGGAGUCAUCUAUUUCAGUUUGGGGAGUAACGUGAAAUCCAAAACCAUGUCAAACGAAUUCAAAAAAGCCAUCGUAGGAGCCUUCGCUGAAAUACCGUACAAAGUUCUUAUGAAGAUAGAUGGUGAGCUGGAAGGCAUAUCCAGCAAUGUCUUAGUCCAAAAUUGGAUGCCACAACAAGAUAUUCUCAGGCAUCCCAAUAUAAAAUUGUUUAUAACCCAAGGAGGACUACAAUCUCUCCAAGAAGCAGUGACAAAUGAUAUACCUCUAAUUGGUAUUCCAUUCUUUGGAGAUCAGAUAACGAAUAUAAAUAAAGUGGUUAAAUGGGGGUAUGGAAUAAAGCUGGAUAAAAAGAAAAUCUCGAAAGAAGUACUUUUAUCUGCCAUAAACGAGGUGAUGACCAAUCCCAAGUGAGUACUAAAAGGGUAAUA